UUAUUUGCUAGAAAUAGAAAUAUAAAUAGUUAAAAAUAAAAUGAAGAAGUCAAAUAAAAGGACUGCUCUUAAAGACUCUUACAAGGUGCAAAAAAAUCCUUACAGAGAGCGUAGGAGCAACAGACUUAUCUCCAAUACAUACCACGAUACUCACUGAAUAAAUGAUAGCAAAAGGAAUAUUAAAUUUGAAAGAAUCCUUAGUAAAUACAAUGAGAGCAACCCCUUGAAUACAAGUGAGGCAUCAAUGUCGAAGCGUAGCAAUAGUAUAUUUACUAAGAAAGAGAUGGUAUCUCCGAUGGGAUAUAAGAUCAAUUCUGUACGGAGACUUCAGAACAGAAGAAGUUCAGAUCACUCAGACUCAUACAGUAAAUACCAAACUAAUCCUGAUUAUAUGAUUGAUGACAUAGCUACCACAAAAUCUAUUAAUAACAAGAUUGGUACUUCUUACACCUUCUCAAAUCCGAAAACUAGUGUGCAGAGUUUGAAACAAAAGUCAAAACCUAAGAAAGUAAAGAAGGUCUUUUCAAAAGUCAAGGUAGACCUGGCUCAUUGCAAAUAUGAUUGAAUCAAGAAGAUAGCAACAGAGAAGAAAUACGGGUUUGGCUGGAAACUUAUUUCUGAUGCUGCCAAUCUUUCAUCAGCAACUGGGAAUGAAUUUGAUAUCUGAUGGCAUGACACAGGAGUCACCAUGAGAUUCUUCCAACAAAUGAAGUUACAUCAGGUAUGAAACCAUUUCCCUGGGAUGAAUCAGAUCACUAGGAAAAACACCCUUGCUUUAACACUGAAAAAGAUCCAAAAGGAGGAAGGAAAUCAGGAGAAGUAUGAUUUCUUCCCCAGGACUUGGGUGCUUCCUACUGAAGCUUAUGAGCUCAACGAAUUUGUUGUAAAAAUGAAAAAGAAAUAGUAAAUUUUUCCUAAAUCUCUAGGAAAGCAAGGCAAGCUGAAGAAAGAUCCUUGCUUUAUUGUAAAACCUGAAGCAGGUGCCCAAGGAAAGGGCAUAUAUCUUACUAAAUAAGAUGUCUGAUAUACCGACUUCUAAAUAAGUGUGUUGUACAAGAGUACAUCCCAAAUCCUUUCCUAAUAGACGGGUAUAAAUUUGACCUCAGGAUCUACGUCCUAGUAACCAGGGUAGAGCCUCUCUCCAUCUUUGUCUACAAAGAAGGUCUUGCUAGGUUCUGCACUGAGAAGUACGACAUGAAGUCGAUCAAUAAAGAAGAUGAGAAAAGCAAAUUUACUCACCUGACUAAUUUCGCUAUAAACAAGCAAAAUGUCUCAGAGGAAGCAGAAAGCAUAUCUUCUCCUGAAGAUAAAAAAGAGGAGGAACCUAAGGAUUUUGGCAUCAAGAUAAAGAGCAAAAAGGAGUUCAAGAAACUCAUGUCCGAAGUCCUUGAACAUCUUGAGUUUGAAGGAGUCGAUAAAUACGAAGUCUGGGAUGAAAUCAAGGAUAUAAUCAGGAAAACUAUCAUGAGCAUACAAGAUAAUCUAUCUCAUAGUUACAAGUCUCUCCAACCUCGAAGCAAGCGGAUGGAUAUGUGAUUUGAAAUUCUAGGGUUUGACAUCAUGAUUGAUAGUUAUGGCCAACCUUGGCUCAUAGAAGUUAACCAGGCUCCAAGUUUUGCAACUGGAUCUGAAAUUGAUCGUAAAGUCAAGGAAGGGCUUAUUUCAGAUACAUUCAAGAUCUUAAAUAUAAAUCCAAGAAGCAAAAGGAGGAAGCUGCAAUUGAAUGCCAAGGAGAUUCAAGAGAGAUCUCGUAAUAAUCACAAUUCAAAAGAAAACAGCCAAGCGCAUACCAACUAUGAGGAACGUGAGAUGUACAAACAAAUGAGAUAUGAGCUUCGAAACAAAGGAGAUUUUGAGAAAAUAUAUACUAUUCUAAAACCUAAAGAUGAUGGCCAUGACUCUGACACUUCUGAUGAAUACAUAGACACUAAGAUACCAGCAGGGUUGAGUGACUUCCGUAGUGACUUCAAUAUUUCAGAUGAAGAGAACUCUCCGUCUAAAAACAUUAACACCAUAAACGAAAGUGAUGAGGAGAUUGUAAAGCUGACCGAUAGAGUCAAGAGCAUCAUCAAGACACCUCAAGGGAAGAAUAUUAGUGCUAAAUAAGGUUUCUCCCAAGCCAGAAACCAAUGACGCAAUGCUCAUCAGGAGCAGCAAUAAUUCCAACUCUAUCCUUCCUGAGAUACGUAGAGCCUCAGACAAGCAGGACCAGAACAUGUACAUAAUCGAUAGCAAAGAGAAAAAGAAAUACCACUCUCGAGAAACUACAAAGAAGAUUAAAGUAAAGAGAAUAGUCCAAGCAAGUAGAAGUCCCUUCGAGGAAAGAAAUUCUAUCCGAAAGAAUAAAUUAUCCCAUAUAACCUUAUCAAAAGCGAAGCUUAGCAAAAGACUUGAUAAAGGAAUCCCCAUCAAGGACAGGAUCGGAGUCUCUUCAAAACGUUCAUUGAUGAAAUUAGAAGAAGGUCCACAUCAUGAGAGAGCCUCAAAUCAGCACCCGCUAAUGUAUAAUAACCAUAACGAGAAUCAGCAUAAGAACGGGUUCAAAUAUUAUGGAUCAAUCAAGCCUGGCGAAGACUACAAUCCUAAAAAGCCACACCUCUACUAUAAGAGCAGAAGAGAAAGGCACAAAAUGAACAAAAUAUUCCCUCUCCUCAUAAACCACCACAAUAUAUCCGCAAUCAACCACCGUAGGGACCUCCAGACCUCCAACAGAUACGAUACCUCUGACCUCCUCAACCUCCAGCCAAACUCUAGCGAGGAGAAGAGAUUGAGAGAGUAUAGGAAGAGCAGAGGGGAGAUGAGGAAUGUGUUUUUGUAGAGGAAGAGGAUGGGUGGUAUCCUCACUUAAAGGGGAAAUUAUGACACUUUUAUCCUCACAGAGGAAAUACUAAAAAUUGCUAACAGCUCAUGAAUAAGCACUGAAAU